CCAAGAGAACCUAUGUCUCCACCUGAGCCACUUACGGCACUUGCAUGAAAGUGGACUCGUUGUAGAGUUCGCCAAAAUGAGGUGCGAGGUGUGCUUGCCAUUUGCAGGGAUGUAUUAGACAACCUAAAUGAUGGCCAGUUUGUUUGGGAGCCUUAUUCAGAGACUAUCAUUAAUGGGCUCCCUGAGUGGUGCCGGCGUGGCCGAGAUGUUUGGAUGGCACAAACACCCUUAAUUUGUGGAAUCUAUCGUGAGUGGCACAUGGUAGACCGUGUCCUAAGACAGUUUGGUAGGGAGCAACAUAUUCCUGGACCAUGCACUACAUUUGACCACCUUCAUUUCAAGCGUGACAAGCGAUUUAGGGUAACACAACAAGAUAUACAUUAUUUUGAGUUUAUGGCUGCUUUUUGGGCACAUCGUCGAGAUAACAUAAUUCGUGCUGAGCUAUUGAUUGAAGCUUCAAGGUCACGAUUAGAGUACUUUGAUUGGUAUCACCGUCACUCGCGGAUUUUUAUAGGAAAUCCAACUCAUGAAGUGGAUAGGGGAUAUCAACACAUGGCAGGCAGACAUGAGGCAUUGGCUCGAGGACAUCAAAAUUCAUAUAAGUUGGCUCUCAGUGUCGGGAAUGAUCCUACCGCGUCUGAUGCAGAGAAGGUUUUGGCAGAGAAGUUCAGCCGCAUUUCAGUGGAGUCUAUGACUGCUGCCUCCCUGGGGACGCGGUUGAGCUUUGCUCCAGAUUAUACACCACCAACUGAAUACGAGGAACUGCCUAUUGUGCCUGUUCGACGUCGUCAAAGGCAAGCUGUACAUAGGGAUGAGGUACGCAGUAGAGGACCUCGAGGGGGCCGAGGUCAACGUCGUGUUGAUCACCAAUUGGUUGAUGAAACGUGUACAUCCAUUUCCUUAUGGCGCGAACCUCCUAUAUAUUGA